AGCAGUGAGCAUUAGCUGAUGACGAGGUUUGACUGCAGUCUCGAAAUAUGUCUCGCCGAUAUGAUUCCCGAACAACCAUCUUCUCGCCAGAAGGGCGUCUCUACCAGGUUGAGUACGCCAUGGAAGCCAUCGGCCAUGCAGGUACCUGUCUGGGAAUUUUAGCCAAUGACGGAGUGCUGCUGGCUGCUGAGAGGAGGAACAUCCACAAGCUGCUGGAUGAAGUGUUUUUCUCAGAGAAAAUCUACAAGCUAAAUGAAGACAUGGCGUGCAGCGUGGCAGGAAUCACAUCAGAUGCCAAUGUACUGACCAAUGAGCUGAGGCUUAUUGCACAGAGGUUCCUGCUGCAAUACCAGGAGCCAAUCCCCUGCGAGCAGCUCGUCACAGCGCUGUGUGACAUCAAACAAGCCUACACCCAGUUUGGAGGAAAGCGUCCGUUUGGAGUGUCGCUUCUCUACAUGGGUUGGGAUAAACACUACGGCUUCCAGCUCUACCAGAGUGACCCCAGUGGAAACUAUGGAGGCUGGAAGGCCACCUGCAUCGGAAACAACAGUGCUGCAGCCGUCUCGAUGCUGAAGCAGGAUUACAAGGAGGGAGAGAUGACCCUUUCCACAGCCCUCGCCCUCGCUGUCAAAGUUCUCAACAAAACCAUGGACGUCAGCAAGCUGUCUGCAGAGAAAGUGGAGAUCGCCACCCUGACCCGCGAGAACGGAAAGACCUGCAUCAAGGUGCUGAAGCAGAAGGAGGUGGAGGAGCUGAUCAAGAAGCACGAGGCGGAGGAGGCCAAAGCCGAGAAAGACAAGAAAGAGAAGGAACAGAAAGAGAAGGACAAGUAGUUUCAUCCUAACCACAGUUUUGGAAAAGAACGAAUUGGCCCAGCAGGAAUCUCCAGGAAGAGGCUGUCCUCUGAUAGGGCUGUAUCCCAGAAGGCCGAGCGGCGCUCAUUCAGCUGAUAGUGGAAGUGGAGAAGAGAGGGGUUCCCGUUCACUGGAGAGGCCCGCGUCACUGUU